AUGCUUUUCAGAAACUAUCGACUGGCUCUGUUGUCCGCAAUUUCUGUAUCAAUUCACGCGCUCGUUGCAGAGAGCCUCACAACUGUUUUGACUACACCUCCCGGCAGCAUAACUACAGAGGCUCCGCUGUCUCCUGUCAGUACACCUGGCCCGCUUCUUCCACCGCCCGUGACAAAUAACUCCGUUUUCCAAUGUUGGUCAACAUGGAACUCAGCAAGGAAUGAGGAGAUAUGGGCAGACGAAAACCGCACUCCAGUCAUAAUUUCAUCCACAACAAGCGUAUCAAGCUAUCUCUCCUGGGACACAUCAGCAUCUUUCACGACACUUUGCGACGGCUUCCCACGCGCAGUGAACCCCCCAGUCGCUACAAAGCUGGUCUGGACCACGACGACAGACUACAACGCCAGCCGUACGGAGUGGCAUCGACCGCCGCAGACCUUCCCCAGCAUCGACUGCAACAUCUGCAACUACUGCUCCGGCUGCGACGCCAUCCACCAGUUUGUCACCUAUUCCAAGUCUCUCUGGUCGCAACAGCCAGAGCCCCGCACGCCAUCGACAUUCGACCAGCGCAUCUACUGCUCCAAGGGGACGCCCACGCCCAUCAAGACACAAACACCAGUGCCCUUCCCCACAGCACCCAACGACGGCAACUGCAUCAUCCGAGCCGACAGCGACAAAGGCACCCUCUUCUACUGGCCCGUCACCACCGUGUCUGGCGACUUCUGCGCGCAGAACGGGACGACCGUGAAGGCUUCCCCAACCGCCAGCGACGGCAGUCCCAACACCGCAAUCUACAACGGCAUGACGCUCACGUCCCCGACGGCCGUCCUCAUCAUCGACGCAGCGUCCGCCCAGAUCCGUGUCUCGAGCAGGAAGAAGAGCUGGAUCCGCACGGGCACCUACACGUCCAACACGCUGUCGCUGCACCCGACUGCGAUAUCCUCCGUCGACCACCGGCCGGGCAAACUCGCUGUCGGGUCGAUUUUGCCGUCGUACUCGUUCAACUUCGAGGACUUGAACACCGUGCCGCAGCAGAAGUACUGGACGGCGCACUGCAAGCACAGCGGCUCGUACGACUGCUCGAGGAUGUGGGAAGCGUACGUGCCCAUGGUCGCGAUUCCGGAGGAAUUCACGAGGCUGAAUAAGGAGAUCGAGUUCUGCACUGCUUGGGGGAGCAUUGAGCCUAUUCCUGUUGCCAUCACGGCUGGCGUGAGUACGAGUGUCAGUGUGACGGCGACGGGGUGGGUGGCUCAGAGCACAGAGGCGGAUUUGGAGUUUGUUGCGGAGAAGGCUGUGGGGAGUAAGGAUGGGUGGUGA